AUGAGUGAGUUUUCAAGUAAAGCAACUAAACGAAUAUGAAUGUAUAAAAUUUUCAAAUUCAUUUAGUUAAAAUUCCUAAAAAAGUGUAAUCUCAAGUACCAGAGAAUACAUCAACGAUAGAAGAAUUCGGAAUUCUUCUUUCGUAUUCUAAUCAUUAGAGAAUGAAUAAAAUUGGAAUAAAAAGUCAAAAAAGUAGUACAAAUAGUCGAAUUUGAUUAUGAUUAAUUGGUUAUUAAGAAAGAACAAUCUCAUUUUAGAUAAAAAAAAAGAGCAAUUAAUAAGGAGUACAAAGGUAAAUCAAAAAUAAUAACGAUUCGUCAAUUCAUCAUAUUGGAAUUAUUUAAAAUCUAGUCUAUCAUUAUUCAGAGAAAUAAAAAGCAGGAUUAAAUUUUUUCAUUUGAUUCCAAAAUUACAAAAAGAUUUUGUUUCUAAACGUUUUUUGUCUGUAUGA